AUGGAAGAAGAUAGCAACAACAACAAAGAAGAGCAGUUAAGAGAAGAAGCAUGUUCAAAAAAGAAAGAAAAACUUCAAGACUGUUUAUUGUCAGCAAGAUCAUGGCGUGAUCUGCCUUCAGAACUUUUAAGUGAUAUAGCAAACAACUUGGGAAUUUUUGAUCUUCUUGGUUUUCGUGGAGUCUGCAGUGGCUGGCGCUCUUCUUCGAUCACAGCUUCUGCAGCCAUAGAAUCUGCUCCUGACAAUCAUCCUUAUUUUCUACUCCACAGCGAUAGCGAUGAGAAAUGCAUCCUCUUUAAUCCAACCACCAACAAGCAGUACAAUAUCAAUAUCCCCGAAUUGAACGAAACUACUUGCCUUGCUUCAAGUCAUGGUUGGUUACUGUUAUCCCAAAAAGGUCUCAUUUUCUUCUUCUGCCCUUUGUCUCGUGCAAGAAUUGACCUCCCCUCAUUUCAAGAAUCAAAAAUAUUUGAAGGGGCUGCUGCGUUUACUUCUCCUCCUUUGUCAAUUGAUUGUGCUACGGCUAUCAUUUGUCGAAAAAAUUAUCGUAUUUUGGAAGUAAAUGUGCUGGAACGUGGAGUUAGCUCGUGGGUGAAGUAUGAAUUUGAUCUUGGAGAUAGAUUUUUUGGGAUGGUUAGGGGUGCUACUUUUGCUGAUGGGUGUUUUCAUAUCUUGGAUGACGAGGAUGGGCUAGUGACAUUCGACCUGAAAAAUAACCAUUUUAAGAUUUACAAAGUAGUUAUUAAAGGAGGUGGUAAUUAUCCAAGUGCGGAAAGCCUGCAAUUUUUGUACAAGGAGAAAUAUUUCAGAAGGAAUGGUUUCAGGAAAAGGAUGAAACUUGGGAAAGAUGUUACCAUUUCUGCUUGUGCUGCCUCUUACGCUGGAAGUGAUGAUUCUGUAAUUCUUAUCAAGAAUGAAGAGAUUAAGGCCAAGGAAGAAUUUGGAACUCGCGAUUUCAAAGGAAUUUGGAUUCAGCCAAGAUUCUUUCAACUCCCUCCAAAUUACUGUUGGGAAAAAACAAAUACAAGCAAUAUAUACGACAAGCCUAUGCUUACUGGACCAGUUGCUCCACCAGUAGUCCGACCACCAAGGGGUGGAGGGCAGAUGGGUAGGGGUCGUCCUAGAGGUGGAGGUCAGCCAGGCAGAGGCCUGCCA